ACCUCAUAUGCUUACAGCAUGUUUUCGAUUCGACGAGUCCUCGUACAACACGUAGCUUCUGCGGUAUGAAAUAACAACAUCCGGUUUGAGAGCUUCGGCUGUACGACAUCGGAACAGGGCCAAUGUCUUCUUCAAAAGAGAGUGAAGUCUGUCAUGAAGCUUUAAGAAAGCAUGGCCGAAAUUCUGCUUGUGGAGGCAUUUUACGGAGGCUCCCACGCUCAGCUAAUGGAUCUUCUAGUUAAUCAUUUGAGCGAGCGUCUGCAGCCAGGGGAGGUUGAUCUAGUGACGAUGACGGAUAAGAAGUGGCACUGGAGAGCCCGUACUUCUGCACUAUGGUUAGCGAUGAACAUCCCUAGAAAAAGGUAUAAGAGGCUCUUCAUAAGUUCAGUGGCGAACCUCGCAGAAUUACUCGGACUGCGACCAGAUCUAGCCGGAUGCGAGAAAAUCCUGUAUUUUCAUGAAAAUCAACUGGAGUACCCCGUUCGAAAUCCGAAACUUUGCGAUUACCAGUAUGGCUAUAACCAGAUUUUGUCGGCAUUGGCUGCCGACAAAAUUGUUUUCAAUUCUGAGUUUAAUAAGAGAACGUUCCUCGACAAAAUGGACCCUUUCCUUAAUAGCCAGCCCGGCUAUCAUACGCCGUGUAGAAGCCUGAUUGAGCCUAAGAGCUCCGUGCUCUAUUUUCCCAUAACCUUGGAACGAGUCAAGGAGCCUGCGAAUAAUUCUGUCCUACAUAUUGUGUGGCCACACCGCUGGGAGCACGACAAGGGGCCGGAUGAGUUCUUUCAUGCUAUGGAGGAACUGAAAAAAGCUGGCUGCGACUUCAAGCUGAUAGUGCUUGGUCAGCGCUACGAUGAGGUUCCAGAAGUAUUUGAAAAGGCUCGCGUCUCCCUCUCAUCGAAUAUCAUUCACUGGGGCUAUGCGCCUUCAAAGGAAAAGUUUCUGCAAUUGCUCCGGAACUCAGACAUCGUCGUAUCUACGGCACUUCACGAAUUCUAUGGUGUAGCGGUAUUGGAAGGUGCUUUUUCGGGUGCCCUGCCAUUGGUACCGAAUCGACUCUCUUACCCAGAACUGUUUCCGAAGGGAUGCAUUUAUAAUACACGUGCGCAACUCGUCAAAAAACUCAAGGAGUUUUGCCGUAAGCCACUGGUUCCGCGUAGGUUAUGUUCAUCAUUGGAUCUCAGCAAGUACCACUGGAGUUCACUCAAGGCUGGGUACCAAGAUGCGUUGAUGCCACCCCCCGCCAAAAAUUCCUCUUAUUGAAAUUAUAACACAAUAAUAAAAUACGAUUGAUGUUGUUGAACUAAUUUGUGUUAAGUAAAAUCUUCCUACUCUUGAUUUUUGACCUAAGAAGUAUUCGUCGGACGACGUGAGCAAGUUCACGUAAACAAGACAUUUUGGAAGUUACCUUUGGCCAUUACGC